AUGGAGACUUUGGUACUAGAGGAUGAUGAUCCUGCAUCUGCACUUCUAAGAUACCUAUCUGAAUCUGGUUCACAGAGUCUAGUAUUGGGCUCUUCUUCUUCAAACUUUAUUACAAGGUACAUAUCAGAAGUACUUAAAACAAUCCUUGAAAUAACGGUACAACUUUUUAUGCAGUCUGAAUUGCAUGCUGAGGUAGAGCGACUGCAACAAGAACUACAUAAUACAAUUGUCUUGUACAAGCAAACAUGUGAAGAGCUGAUCUGUACCCAAAACAAGGUUGAGUUACUUUCUUCUGAAUGCCUUGAGGAUGUGAGGAGAGUGAAUGAUGCUCUAGAGAGAGAAGAAGUUUUGAGAAGAAUUGUGGCCGAAGAAAAAGCCAAGCAUUUAGAGGCUGCAAAGGAAGUCGAGAUGGCAAGAAAGUUGCUUGAUAAAGAGACCCGUGAGAGAGUUGAAGUUCUUAGCCAGCUACGUCAUCCACACAUGGUUUUACUACUUGGAGCCUGUCCUGAAAAUGGGUGUCUUGUCUACGAAUACUUGGAAAAUGGAAGCCUUGAGGAAUGUCUUUUCCGUAAAAAGGGCACACCACCUCUUCCUUGGUUUGUUAGGUUCAAGAUUGCUUUUGAUGUAGCUUGUGGGCUUGCAUUCUUGCACAAYUCAAAGCCAGAACCAAUCAUUCAUCGGGAUCUGAAACCAGGAAAUAUCUUGUUAGAUGGGAAUUUUGUCAGCAAGAUUGCAGAUGUUGGGCUGGCUAAACUUAUGUCUAACAUUGUACCUGACAACAUCACGGAGUAUAGAGACUCUGUUCUUGCUGGUACUCUACAUUACAUGGAUCCAGAGUACCAGAGAACUGGUACAAUCAGACCAAAAUCAGACAUAUAUGCAUUUGGAAUUAUCACCCUACAAUUGUUGACAGCUUGCCAUCCAAAUGGACUGUUGAUAAAAGUGGAAAAUGCCAUCAACAAUGGUUCCUUUGCUGACAUAUUAGACAACUCGGUUGCAGAUUGGCCACUUGCAGAAUCAGAAGAAUUAGCGCGGGUUGCAUUGAAAUGUUCCAGACUUAGAUGCAGGGAUAGACCAGAUCUCGAAGCUGAAGUUCUGCCAGUUCUCAAAAAGCUUUCAAGUAUAGCAGCUUCAAGUGUUAAACUACAAAAAAACAUCUAUUCACCAAGCCACUACUUCUGUCCGAUCCUUCAGGAAAUAAUGGAGGAUCCAUACAUUGCAUCUGAUGGAUUCACCUAUGAGUACAGAGCGAUAAAGGCAUGGCUUGAAAAACACAGCAUAUCUCCUGUGACAAAGCUUAAGUUUCCACAUACCCGGCUAACUCCAAACCAUGCGCUGCGUUCUGCCAUCCAAGAGUGGAAGCCACGUGUAUCAUUCUCAAGUUCCUGAUGGAAAAAAGUGUACUGUUGUAAUUGGAAGAAGAUUACCCCUUGUACCUCGACACAACUCAAGAAAGUCAGAAAGAUGUAUGUACGUAUGUAUACUUGUAUAGUUCAAUGGAAGAAUUUUCUCCUUUUUUAA